UCUAUUAUCUGUCUUGUGACAUUUCACAUUCCAGUAACAGAAACUGAAAAUGGAAUUGACAGUUUCAGAGAACUGGACAGCUGUGAUUAGCAUGUAGCUGUGUUCAUUUCAGUUCUGUAAAUGCAUCGAACAGAUGAUGUUGAAAUUAUGGAAGGUCCACUUACCAGCUCCUUAAGGGGUUUGGAAGGGGAAGCAAUUGCAGAUGGACAGGGCAAUGCAUAGAACUGUUCACCAUGGUUACUUGGAAAGUGACUCAGUAGUACCGAUGUGUUCAAAUGGCCUUCAAGAUCCAACCUCCAGCCUCCGUACUUUGAUAGAAGACAUCAAGAAAUUAGACGAUGACAGGGUGCACUAUUUUGCAAAACUGGCGACUGUCAUUCCAAGACUACAAGACUGCACACACUGUGACGGCAUCGACAUUCCAGAAUCUCCACAGUUCUGGUCCCAAGUACUGGACCUCCUGGUGAAACAGAAGGAAUGGCUGGCUGUGGAUUUCCUUGUCCAGCCAAGGACUGGACAUCGGGCAUCACUAGACGGCCGAGCGGCCACCCUGCCGACCACCGAUAUCUGUAUAGCCAGCAUCCUUGGGUCCGUGAAUGAUGUGGACCUGAGCGUCUGGGGUAUCCGACUGGCCAUCACACUCCUGGAGAAGGGCACGCCUAUAGAGAGUAUUGUAGAUGAAGACGGGGAACCUCUGAUGAUAGCUGCAGUCAGAUCAGCUACCAGAUCAGGUAAUCUUGACCUGAUGAAGUAUGUCCUGGAGAGACAGCCCGACCUUAUCCUGCAGAUUGACCAGCCCGACAGUCAGGGGGACACCCCCCUCCAUCUGUGUGUGAAGAGUCCCUCCCUGAGUGUCACCCACAGGCAGGACCUGCUUCAGCUGCUGCUGGGGCUAGGAUGCUGUACCAGUGUCCAGGACAGUCGAGGGAUGACCGCUGUGCAGUACCUGGACACUGAGGAUCCAGGACAUCAACUGCUGGAACAUGCAUCCCGAUAUGCAGGUGAAGGUCUGAGGAUAAGAAUGGAUAGCCUGAAAGUCUUGGGAGACGGUUGUUUUGAGAAGGAUGAGUAUAGAGAGGCACUGAAGUGGUACAGAGAGGCCAUGACCCUUGCCGAGAGUGUCUCCAACCUUAAACUGGAUCUGGCACUUCUUUACAGUGCUUGCUCAACUGUCUACAUUAAUUUGGCUAUCAUUGAAGAUGAGGAUGAUGAGACCAGUCCUUCAUCUUUCAGAGGCAUGGAAGAACUACACAGACAAAAGACACAGCUUCUGUCCUUGUUAUCUGGCCAUAACACUACUUCUGGUACACCAGUACUGCCGGUGUAUGAAGAUGACUUGAGCCAGGGACAAGGUGAUGGACCAAGCAACACUACUUCUGAUACACAAGUACAGUUGGAGUAUGAAGAUGACUUGAGCCAGAGACAAGGUGAUGGGCCAACCAACACUACUUCUGAUACACCAGUACAGUUGGAGUAUGAAGAUGACUUGAGCCAGAGACAAGGUGAUGAACCAACCAACACUUCUUCUGAUACACCAGUACAGCCAGUGUAUAAUAAUGACUUGAGCCAGAGACAAGGUGAUGGACCAACCAACACUUCUUCUGAUACACCAUUACAGUUGAAGCUUGGAGAUGACUUGAGCCAGAGACAAGGUGAUGGACCAACCAACACUUCUUCUGAUACACCAUCACAGUUGAAGCUUGGAGAUGACUUGAGCCAGAGACAAGGUGAUGGACCAACCAACACUUUUCAUGAUCCACCAGUACAGUUGGAGUAUGAAGAUGACUUGAGCCAGAGACAAGGUGAUGAACCAACCAACACUUCUUCUGAUGCACCAUCACAGUUUAAGCUUGGAGAUGACUUGAGCCAUAGACAAGGUGAUGGACCAACCAACACUUCUUCUGAUACACCAUCACAGUUGAAGCUUGGAGAUGACUUGAGCCAGAGACAAGGUGAUGGACCAACCAACACUUCUUCCGAUCCACCAGUACAGUUGGAGUAUGAAGAUGACUUGAGCCAGAGACAAGGUGAUGAACCAACCAACACUUCUUCUGAUGCACCAUCACAGUUUAAGCUUGGAGAUGACUUGAGCCAGAGACAAGGUGAUGGACCAACCAACACUUUUCAUGAUCCACCAGUACGGUUGGAGUAUGAAGAUGACUUGAGCCAGAGACAAGGUGAUGAACCAACCAACACUUCUUCUGAUGCACCAUCACAGUUUAAGCUUGGAGAUGACUUGAGCCAUAGACAAGGUGAUGGACCAACCAACACUUCUUCUGAUACACCAUCACAGUUGAAGCUUGGAGAUGACUUGAGCCAGAGACAAGGUGAUGGACCAACCAACACUUCUUCCGAUCCACCAGUACAGUUGGAGUAUGAAGAUGACUUGAGCCAGAGACAAGGUGAUGAACCAACCAACACUUCUUCCGAUACACCAGUACAGUUGGAGCUUGGAGAUGACUUGAGCCAGAGACAAGGUGAUGAACCAACCAACACUUCUUCCGAUCCACCAGUACAGUUGGAGCAUGAAGAUGACUUGAGCCAGAGACAAGGUGAUGAACCAACCAACACUUCUUCCGAUCCACUAGUACUGCCGGUGUAUGAAGAUGACUUGAGCCAGAGACAAGGUAAUGAACCAACCAACACUUCUUCCGAUACACCAGUACAGUUGGAGUAUGAAGAUGUCUUGAGCCAGAGACAAGGUAAUGAACCAACCAACACUUCUUCCGAUCCACCAGUACAGUUGGAGCAUGAAGAUGACUUGAGCCAGAGACAAGGUGAUGAACCAACCAACACUUCUUCCGAUCCACCAGUACAGUUGGAGUAUGAAGAUGUCUUGAGCCAGAGACAAGGUAAUGAACCAACCAACACUUCUUCCGAUACACCAGUACAGUUGGAGCAUGAAGAUGACUUGAGCCAGAGACAAGGUGAUGAACCAACCAACACUACUUCUGCUACACCAUCACAGUUGAAGCUUGGAGAUGACUUGAGCCAGAGACAAGGUGAUGGACCAACCAACACUUUUCAUGAUCCACCAUUACAGUUGGAGUAUGAAGAUGACUUGAGCCAGAGACAAGGUGAUGAACCAACCAACACUUCUUCUGAUACACCAUCACAGUUGAAGCUUGGAGAUGACUUGAGCCAGAGACAAGGUGACGGACCAACCAACACUUCUUCCGAUACACCAGUACAGUUGGAGCAUGAAGAUGACUUGAGCCAGAGACAAGGUGAUAAACCAACCAACACUACUUCUGCUACACCAUCACAGUUGGAGUAUGAAGAUGACUUGAGCCAGAGACAAGGUGAUGGACCAACCAACACUUUUCGUGAUACACCAGUACAGUUGGAGCAUGAAGAUGACUUGAGCCAGAGACAAGGUGAUGAACCAACCAACACUUCUUCCGAUCCACCAGUACUGCCGGUGUAUGAAGAUGACUUGAGCCAGAGACAAGGUGAUGAACCAACCAACACUUCUUCUGAUACACCAUCACAGUUGAAGCUUGGAGAUGACUUGAGCCAGAGACAAGGUGACGGACCAACCAACACUACUUCUGCUACACCAUCACAUUUUGAGUAUGAAGAUGACUUGAGCCAGAGACAAGGUGAUGGACCAACCAACACUUUUCAUGAUACAGCAGUGCAGUUGGAGUAUGAAGGAGCAAGCUGUUCAAAUGUAAUACCGAUGACAGAGGGUACUGAAAAAGUACACAAGAGGAACAUGUUCAGUGAAGACCUCGAUGAUAGAGCAAGCCACACAGAUGUUGGUUCAGAAGAUACAGAGAUCAGGGAAGCAGAUGAGAGAAAAGGUAUCAUUUAUGGAGAGGAUGAAGGAGUGAGCUGUUCAAAAGUGAUGCAAGAGACAAAAGAGGUUUACAAAUCAACGGUGAAUGAAGAAGUAGCGAGCACAUCCACAGGAGCUGUUCCUGACACAGCAGAGAGCAAGAGAAGGAAAAGGCAGGGACAGGUCUGCAAAGAUAGAGAUGAAGAAGGGAACAAUGCUGAAGUAAUUCUGAAGCCUAGCAGGGAAGCAAUGAACCAGAGUGAGAAAUACAGUGACAUGCCCUCUGAGGGAGGAUGCAGUACUGAUGUAAGUCAACUGGAUAUUGAUGGGACAAAUGACAAGUGGUCUCAGCCUGAUGUGUCUGAUGGCAAACCCAAAACAAAUCAGAUGGCUAAGAUUCCAUCCAAAACAGAAUAUGCACAGUCACAUCACACAAAUGAGAACACAGAGAACAAAAAGCAAGCCCCAAGAAUAUCAAAGCUAGAGCACAGCCAUCAGAGGCCACCAAGGAUCGCAGGUGUUUCAAUGGAAGAUGAUGAUAGUUAUGAGAUAUAUCCACAUCAAUGCUCCCACAAUACGGCACCAGGAGGACUUUCAGAACUAGUCCCAAGACAGUUGGCAGAUUGUACAGAAAUGGAAACAAGAGCCUCUCUAUCAAUUGGUGAAACUCCUAAUGAAGCUAUUGAUGACACAAAUGGAUGUUCAUCCAGCUCAGAAUCAUAUACUUUAACUGGGUCAGAUGCUUCUAAUGUCACUGUGAUUGAAAGAAAUCUGAAUGCUUCCACUUCAAGUGUGAAAGUAGAGAAAUGGUUGCAAAGUUGUGAUAAAAGUCAGCCAAAGUCAAUGAGAGAUGGUGCUAAGAUGGAUGAGAAGAGACAUUCUUCUGAUCCCCUUCUUGAUGAUGGGAGUUCAUGUAGUGAUGACCAUUCUGAUGCAAAUAUGACACAAGUUUCCAAACAGGCUGUUCAUAUGGAUUUGCCAGAUCAUAGAGAUGACAUUACAUGUGGAGAAACCAGUAAUGGAAAGAUACAUGGAGUGUGCUCAGUCAGUGUAAGUGCAUCAGAGAAAUCCACAACCACAGACACUGUAAAAGUAGAAACCAAAACAGAUGUUGUUUCCAAUGAGGUGUUUGAAAAUAGUCAAACGAAUACAACUGUUCUCAAGGAAAGCAAUGCAACUGCCAAGAUUCAAGAAAGAAUAGAUGAAGAAACAUGUGUUCCAUCCCAAAAGCCAACAAGUAAAAGCAAAACAAAAAGUCAGAAAAAGAAGAAGAAAAAGAAGGAACAGAAGAAGAUGAUGGUCAAGGAAGAGCAAUCACCUAAAGCUACACACGAGAAUGAUAGCCAGGGGGAAAAUAUAAAAAAUGAGAUAGUUGAUAAAGAAAAUUCUGAAAAACCCAAGGAGCAAAAGCCGAAAAUUGUGAAAUCUAUACCAGAAAGACCAGUUUUGAAAGUUUCGGAGUGCAAGUCAGAUAUUUUGGAAAUGAUUCAAAAUUCCACCAGUUCCAUCAUGAGGAGUAUCAGUGAAGCUCCAGGUAGUGAAGGGUAUGAAAAUGCAGCUUCCAUAAAGAAGGAGGCAGAAACUGCGGAAGAGGAGGGGGAAAAAGAUGAUUUUGGCACUUUGAAUGAUGAAGAGGAUGUGGAGUUUAAACCAGCCAUCUUUGAUAACUUGCCAUGGGAAGUAGAGUUCACAGCUGAUGCUUGGAAACGCCUUAGUGGCAAGACAGUACAACUGAGACUAAAGCAAAGGGCUGUAAGGAUUAUCACGGAACUGGCAAGUGGAAACUGGAAACCUGACAUUUGCAAACCUGUCAGCACUAGCACAGGAAAUAUUUUUGUAUCAGAACUGUCCCAAACCACUUCACUAAUAUGGGAGAAAGCUGUUGCAUUUUCAGGACUAUGCAGUGACUUGCCAAGUAAAAGAAUGCAGGAUGAGGAUGAUACGAACUUUGCUGUUAAAGGUGGUCGUAUCUAUACACAGAUUAUUAGAGUCUGGGAUAUUGUAUCCAGUGAUGAUGAUAUUCAGAGACUGUCUGAGUCAAUAAGAACAUCUUAUAAGAGAGGACAAACAUCACUAUUGAAAAGAAACUUGAAGGGACUGGAGAGAUCACACCAUACAGAAAAACAUAAACAGCUUCCUUUACAUUUUGCAGAACAAGAUAUGACGGUAAAAGCUACAAACCCUUACAUGUUCUUUCCCCCAGCAAGUCCAGAUCCAAGGGAAUACCAUAUCCUCAAGUUCUAUACAUUUACAGCUGCCUUAGUCAACAUCAUACUUUCCAAAAUGCACAGGAAAGCUGAUCUGCCUUUCAAGGUGACUGACAAGGAGCAUGCUAUCAUCCACCUCAGUGGGGAAGCCCCUAUCCUCCUGCUGGGAAGAAGUGGGACUGGCAAGACCACCUGUUGUCUGUACAGACUCUGGACAAACUUCAUCUCCUACUGGAGGCUAGCUCAGGAGACAGGUGACCCCUUUCUUCCAAGACUGGACUGGGUCUUUGCAGGGUCAGUUUCAGCUGAUGAAGAUGAAAAUGAAAACCCUGAAGAUGAUGAACAAGCAGAUACUCCUGAAGCAGCUGAAGUUCAACCUUCAUUUGAGAGACAGGAUGAGGAGGAGGAUCUAGAUCUUGGAGAAUAUGACCAUCUUCAUCAAAUAUUUGUGACAAAGAAUCCUGUGUUGUGCACAGAGGUUCACAAGAACUUCUAUGAACUCUGUCAUGCUUGUGAUGAAACUGCAGAUCAUGUAGAAACUGAAGGCCAGGAGAUCCCUUCUAGACUACAAGAUAUCGAGGAUCUAAGUUACCCACUUUUCCUCACGUCUAAGCAACUGUUAAUGAUGUUGGAUGGCUCACUCGGCCAGCCUUACUUCUUUGAAAGGAAUGAAGAUGGUAGUCUUGGUGUUACUGUGCAAGGAUGGGAAGAAGAAGGGGAUGUCUUGGGCUUCUCACUCAUGGAUCAAGACUCCGAUGAUGAGGAUUUUAUGGGAAUGAACAUUGACUAUGAUAUAGAUGAGGAUGUUCUGCAACAAGGAGCAGCGGCAGGAAUAAGACAACGGAAAGUGGAUCCAAGAAAGGAAGUCACUUAUGAGGUAUUUACUUCAACCAUUUGGCCAAAGAUUCAGAAGAAAGCAAAGUACCACCCAUCUCUAAUUUGGACUGAAAUCAUGUCUUUUAUCAAGGGAUCCUUUGAAGCAUUGACUAAAGCAGAUGGACAUCUCUCAGAGCAGGAGUAUAUUGAAGUUGGGAGAAAGAAAGCUCCAAAUUUUUCAGGAGAGAGGGAAACAAUUUAUCAAUUGUUUAAGAGAUAUGACCAUUACAAAAAGCAACAUUUGCUGUUUGAUGAGGCAGAUCUGGUGUUAGACAUUUUCAAACGCUUGAGAAUUCUGGAGGAAUUACCAUGGGUAGUGCACCAACUCUAUGUUGAUGAAACACAGGAUUUCACACAGUCAGAAUUAAGUGUCCUCCUUCGAAUCACACAGAAUCCUAAUGACAUGUUCUUGACAGGGGACACAGCUCAGGGCAUCAUGAGAGGCAUAUCCUUCAGGUUUUGUGAUCUCAAAUCGCUCUUCUUUCAUGCCAAACAAUCACUGGUAGCUGGGAAUCUGAUGCUGCUGAAUGAACCCAAGCAAGUAUACCAACUGACACACAGCUACAGAUCUCAUGCUGGGAUUCUUGCCCUUGCAUCAGCAGUCUUGGACCUGAUGGUGGAAUUCUUCCCCGAAUCAUUUGAUAAACUGAAAAAAGACCAAGGUCUGCUUGAUGGACCUCUGCCAUUGCUGAUGGAGUCCUGCAGGCCACAGGAUCUGGCAAUUCUGCUUCAGGGAAACAACAGAAAAGCUUCCCACAUUGAGUUUGGAGCCCACCAGGCCAUCCUGGUGGUGAACGAUGCAGCCAAGGAGAAGAUGCCGGACAUGUUGUCUAGGCACAGCAUCGUCCUCACAGUCUAUGAGUCAAAGGGGCUGGAGUUUGAUGACAUACUGCUCUACAACUUCUUCACAGAUUCACAGGCCACCAAAGAAUGGAGAGUUGUCACCACAUUCCUAGAGACACUUGCCAGUCGCCCACAACAUGAAGAACAAGCAGAAAACCUUCAUAUCAUAGAUGAAGAAAUGCUGAGACAGCCAAAUCGACCAAGAGCACUGGCAUUUGAAGCUAAUGAGCACAAAGUUCUCAACUCAGAACUGAAGUAUCUGUACACAGCCUUGACUAGAGCACGGGUGAAUGUGUGGAUCUUUGAUGAGGAUGAGGAGAAGCGGGCCCCUAUGUUUGAAUACUUCAAGGCAAGGAAGCUGGUCAGAUGUAUAUCCCAGACAGAGGAUGGUAAUUCUGAGUUUACCAACAUGGUGUUUGCAAUGAAAUCAUCCCCUGAGGACUGGGUGAGGAGAGGAGAUGAGAUGAUGAGCCAGACCCUCUAUGAGGUGGCUGUUAACUGUUACCGUAUGGGUGGGGAUGAAAACAAGGAACAGCUCGCAGUUGCCCACUGCCAGGCACAGGGGGCGCUCAAGCUGAAAGACACACCUCGGAAAAUGAGGGAGGAGUUUGUGUUUGCUGCACACAAGUUCCUGCACUGUGGGGAAGUCAUGAAGGCUGCAACAUGUCUGCAGAAUGCGCGUGAAUUUGAGUUGGCGGCAAAGUUGUUCCAGAAGAUGAAGAGGCAUCUAGAGGCAGCCAGGCUGUUCCAGAAAUCUGGCAAGCAUACCGAGGCCAGUGAUUGCUAUGAGCAGCUUGGCUUGUACAACAGAGCAAUAGAGUUGCUGGACAGAGAGGAACUGUACGAACUAGCCAUUGACUGCUUGAGGAGGUAUCAAGUGAAAGUACAGGAGAGGAGAGGAACAGACAGGGGAAUGAUGAAGGUGCUUGAGAAUAACAAGCCAGGAGCUCAGUUUACUCUUGACAACCUCUACUUCAAACUGGUCAAAUUCAACCAUAAACACAAGAACAAACCCAAGAUGUUAGCAGCAUUGGACCAUCUGCCCCAUGAUGACCAGUUGGAGUUUCUGGAGAAAAACAAGUAUCUCAAGGAAGCUGCUCAGCUCAUGUUAAAAGGAGGAAAAAGUUCCCAUUCUGAGGUUGCUCAGAUGCUGCUGCGACAUGGUGCUACCAGAGAUGCUCUUCAACACGCUGAACAAGGAACUGAUGUGGAUGUCCGUGGGAAAUGUCAUCACAGCUUAGCACUGGAGCUGUAUUCAGAGAUCAAAGAGAAAUGUCAGAGUGAGGACUUCAACGUGGAUUCCAGCCAAAGAGAAAUUAUCAGUCAUUUUCAAAAGGCAGCAUCUGCAUUUGAGGAAACAGAGAAUAACAAUAGUGCCGGAAUGGCUUCUUUCUUUAUCGCAUUGAUACAGAAGAGAAUAAUAAAUGCAAAAAAAGCAUUUGCACUCUUUAGGAAAGUCUCACCAUUUGCCAAUGAAGCAGGCAUGGUUGAAGCCCUGAAAAUAUUUGUUCAUUCUGUUUCCAAUGGGCAACUUUCAGACUGUCAGUUAUUAGUCACUGGUGCAGAGACUUUGCUAAGUAUCAUCACUACACUUUUGAAACCAGAUAGCCGAGAAAAGAGUAGCAGAUGCACAUUGUACUUGCAGUUCUAUGGGCUUCACCAAGAUGACAAGGACCCUAAUCAACUGAUGGCUUAUCCAAAACAGAGGCCCCUUUGUGCUGAUGUCUUGCCAGGUUUGUUCAGCAAGAAGGAAAAAAGGACUGUUCACCUUGAUAAGCAAGACAUGUCCCUUAAGAUUUCAUUGUACCUUGUUGGUAUUUUGAAAGAAUGGAUGAAGAUCUGCAGAAAUUGGAUAGAGAACGAUGUGUCCAGGAAUAAGCAGUGCAGGUCAUUUCAAGAAGGAAGAUGUGCAGGAAACAAAUCUUGUGACACUACUAAGUGUCACCAUCUGCAUGAGCCUUUCAUCAGAGCAACUGCUCUCAGAGGUUUAAGGGCACUGUUGUUGAGGGUCAGAUUAGAACAUGUCAUACAGUGUGGAGUGAAAUCAGUUCAGGACAUAGCUUUGAAAGAGCAAACCAGAAAAAAAACCCUUGACAAUGAACUUGGUACACUAACAGAUGAUACUGCAACACGUGCAGCAUUUGGGAGGUUGAUGCAUUUUGUGUUUCCAGAAAGUCAUCACUUUAGAAAUUUGACAGAAAAUAAAGAAGUGAUGAGAAUCUUCAAGGACACCUUGGACAGUGCGAAUUUGAAAAAAGUAAUUCAUCAAAUUGUGAAUCAGUGGAGUCAAAACACCUUACAAGUAAAAUGUAAGAGUUCAGAUUGGUUUGUGAGAGCAAUCAUUCUGGUCUCAUUGUUUAAGAUUCAAGAUAUUGACUUGAAAAAGAUGAGCUUCAACAUGAUGAAACAACUGAGAGACUCGCAUCUCCUUGAUGAAGAGGCAAGGUAUGCUUUUUUUUCAUUUGGAAGAAACAAUGUGAUUAUUCACCUUGGAGGUCAGUUCUAUAAAGCCUUUGAUGCAUUGAAAGAAGAUCCUGUAUCAUCAGUGUUUGAAUAUUCAACGUUUGUCAAAAUCCUUGGACAUCGUAACAAACCAUCACUGUUCCCUGAAAUGCCUCUGUUCCUGUUUUGGCAUGAAUUCUUUAUGACUGUUGCUCUUACAUCAUUUGCAAAGCUCUCUGAGACAGGAAGAUUUGUCUUACCAGCAACCUAUCUUGCGACCCUACCAUUCGUCAAUGGAAUGUUGCCACAAGGAUCAAGAUCAAUUCAAGGGUCAAUCAAUUCAGUCAGUAGAGACCAACGAAGCAUCAAAUUAUUUCAAGUUCACCUUCAAAGCUUGGCUGGGGUCCUGUGUGGCAAUAGGACAGAAAUGAAUCUUCUUUCAUACAUAUUUCGCCCAAGAGAAGAUUUUGACUACCUUCAAGCAGAAAGAUGCCUCAUCCUAGGUCUAGUAGUCCUUGCUAAUAUUGGACUGUUGCAAGCGCCAUCAGUGGAAGUGUCAUUGAUGGAAGCUAUCAUGAGACUGGAACUCCCAGAAAAUGCUCCAGCACGACUUACUAAAGGUCUGGGAUCAAUAAAGGAAUCCAAAGGUAUAGCAGACCUUGUGGAUAUUCUUCAGAGGAUGCUGAAAGAAAGGGAAGAUGAAUAUCUACAUUUGUGUCGGUGGAAAUGGGAUCCAUAUAGAAAUGAAGGUAUACAGCGCCAGCAGUUGACUUCUUUUGAUUUGUUCCCAUCAACAUUCAUUAGCUAUUUACAACCUAUGUCACCUGCAGUACAUGAUGAAAGGAAACACAAUGCCGCUGGAGUACUGCAGCGCUUCUUCAGGAACCUGACUCUCAUUGGACGUGUUGAAAUGGGGAAUCUGAAACAGAGAUGUCAACAGCAAAUGUUGAAAGAUCAGCAUGACCACUCUGAAGAUCAAGUUCCGGAUGAAAGUAGUGCAAGAAAUGAAGAAGAAAUUACUAUGAGUGCAGAAGAAGCUGAAAGACAAAAGGAAGAAUUUGAUAAGUUUCUUCAGGAUGAACAAGAAGACAAAUCAGCUUGGGUUCUGCAGCGCUUCUUCAGGAGGUUAACCUUCACAGGAAGAGUUGAAGGAGGACAUGUCAGAGAAAGAUGUCAAGAACAAGAACUAAAGGAAAUAUUUUCUUUCUAUGACAUUACAGAGCAGCAGUGUGGAGUCUGUUGGGAGUCUUUCAAAACAGAAGAAACUGAAAUUGGCAAACCAUCAAUAGAAUCUGAUCCAAUCCAAUCAGAAACAAAUUUUGAAACAAUAGAGAAAGAAGAAAUCACACAGCUGACUGUUUCAGAGAGUCUCAUGGAUCAGCAGAAGACAUCACAGAAACUGCGGGAAGAACAUUUAUCAUCAGUGAUUCACAAAGGAAAUAUGAGGAAUUUCCAGUUUUUUAAAGAUCUGUAUCGGGAAUAUUUUGUAUCCAAAGUGCUUGACAUUCAAACGUUCAUUGAACAAUUGAGAAACCAGAAAAUAUGCAUGGAUAUGGCAGCUGUUCAUCUUGUCCGCUUUGACUAUAUGAUGUCUGUAGUUCAAAUGCUAUAUCAAGGUAUUUUUCAUGAAUACAAGUGGGAUCUGGUAUAUGACCUGAGGUCCAAGCUCAUUCCAUUAUGUUUCUACUACAAUAAAGUCUCUGAAGAAUUGGAAACAAUGAAAAAACAAGCUGUGAUUCAACAAGAGCAACAGCCACAGUUGAUAUCAGGCGACGGCAGUUCCAAUCAAGAGAUGACAAAAGAAACUCUGGAAGUAGUUGAUCAUGUGGAGGAUAAACUAUUGGAAGUUGCUUAUGAGGAAGUGAAACCAAUAGGACCACCCAGACAGAAUAGAGAUGAUAUUGACCAAGGUCAUGGUCAUAGCAGGGAGCUUGGAAAUGACCAGAGAGGUGCAGGAUAUGUGGGAAGAGGAGUUCCACAACAUUAUGGAAGAGGUAAUGGAGGGUACAGACAUGAUCAUGGAGAACAUAGGAGAGAUCAAUAUCAUGAGGGCCGUAAUGACUACAACCAGGGACAGGAUGCACACAGGGGAGGUCGGGGAGGAAAUUGGAGAGGUGGUUGGGGGAACAGAGGGCCAAAUGAAUUCUAUGGAAGAGGUUAUAAUCAACGUGGGGCAGGAGGUUAUGGCAGAGGGUACAGAAGAGGUCAUGGAAGACCGGGAGGAGGUCCUGCUGGCCAGGCUAGAGGUAGAGGACAUCAGUUUCCUAAUGCACCACCAAGGCAUCAAAGACAACAACAGUUCCAACAGUACCAGCAAAACCGAUUUCAGUUUCAGUAAGUUUUAAUAUGAUUCACAAUUACUGGGACAUGUGGUAAACAGUGAGCUGUUGACUCUGCGAUGUAACUGAAUAAGCCAUUGCUACUGACAACAUCUGAACUCUUCAGCCAUGUGCGAGUGAAGACAUUUGUGUUUCUUGUCGUUAACCAGCUGGGAUACCAAAAGCAAAAUUGUUUUUUCUCGAGUUGUUGCUUUUUGGGUAGACAUAGCAACAGCCAACACAUAGAUGAAUAGUUUUAUUUUAAUACCAUCGAGUCUGUUUGUAAAUGGGGAUAGUUGUGUUCUUUUAACUUGCAAUGUACCAGAUAGUGAUCAUGUAAAGGUCAUUGGAAAUUGUGUGAAUGUGUUUUGACUUGUGACACAACUUAUUGUCCCAUCCUUUGCCUCAUGUGUCAUGUUUUCUACAUGUCUGAUGCCACGUGGCCGUUGAUGUUGACACUUUCACGGUUGACUCCAAAGUAAUGUGUCUAAACAGCACAAACUUCUGAUUCAAAUUUAAACAUGAUCAAGGUAUCCAUAUUGAGAUUGACAAUUGCCAUUUGGUCCAUUUGUGUUAUUGUGAACAUCAGUAAGUACACAAUAUGAUAUGGAAAUCUGAUCCCACAAUGAUCUUCAUUAUUAUAUAGAUUUCAGUUCAUCUGACAGCUCAUACCUUGUUGAAGCUCAGGUUUUGUGCAUAUGAUCUUUGUAAACAUGUUCCAGUAUGUCAACUAGGACAUUGAAAGUCCUUUUUCAUUUUUGACUUCCAUAUUUGGAGGAAGUACCAAGGACUAAUGAUGUGAUAUGUGCUAAAUAUCUCAGGAUUGUUUCUUUAUCCAUCUGCCACAUGAAACAACAUUAGACUACUACCAUGGAUAAACCCUUUCAGUUGUGUCACUAUAUAUAUAUUUAUAAAAAAUAUUUAUAUAAAAUAUUAAUAUAAAGUGUGUGAGUGCGUGCCUGCGUAUGUGUGUGUGUGCCUAGAUAUUUUCUCAUUCAACAAAACUGCUGUUCUGGACAGUUUGUUUGGCAGUCAGUAUUCCAACACACCGUAUUCAAUCUAAAUCACUUCAUUCCAAGUAAAGGACAGAAAACUGUGUGGUCACAAACAAAUAAUUAACUUCUUAACAUGUAAAGUGACAAUAUCUCCAGGCAAUGGGAGACUAGAUUCCAUAUAAUGAUAUAUAUAUAAUACUUCAACUAACCCAUUGGAACUGUUAUAAUGUACUUUUUCAUUUAUCAAUGUACCAAACAAUUUUGCUUGGGGAAAAAUCAGCACUUGGUUGUUUGUAAACAUAACUGUCAGGCAGGUGCAUAUUCAACUCAAUGCAUGGAUGUAGGCUGCCUUGCUGUAGAGCUGUGAGAAAAGUGAUAUUUCCCAUGGAUUGAAGAUGUGAUAGGGAAUGCUAGUGUUCAAAUCUGCCACAGUACCCAAGAUUUUUUUAUUGUCCCCCACCACAAUAGCUAGGUUGCUCGUGGCUGUGAUUGAUAAUCAAGGUCCUUCAAUGAAAGUGAUUGUAACUUUGUUAUUAAAGUAGUUAGAGGAAUAGGAUUUUCUAUUUCAAACUGUACUGCAUUGGACAUGAGUGUUUCUAAAAGGGAAGUCAUGUUGUGCCGAAAGUCCUCAUUCCUUUGUGAUUAAAGUUGCUGAAGGCAUAUCUAAUCUUGUCAGUCAGUGAUUACUGCUUAUGGUUGUAUUUGAUGUAUGAGAUAAUAGAUAAUAGAUCACAAUGUUGACGUGGAAGUGAGACAAGUUUGUUUGUUUUUUGGUGGUUGUUUUUUAUUAUUAGUAGUAGUAGUAGUUUAAGUAGUAUUAGCAGUAGUAUUUGUUUUGUUAUUAUUAUUAAAGAGGAAUAACAAACAUGUUUUGUGGGAAGCCAGUGCCUUGGAAAAUUUGAAAUAAAAUGUUGCUUUUUUAUCAUUGUAUGAAUAUAUACCUUGUCUUGUUAACACCAAUUGUGUUUUUGUUAAAACUAAUGACACCUGUAUGGUACUAUAUCCUAUGUUAAAAUAAACAAGGCUUGUUACCAUGGUGUCCAGGAGGUAACCAUCACUUAGGUGUGCCAAUGACUCUUGGUUGGAAUCUUCAUUGUUUCCCUGUCAUCGACAUCAUUGCUGUGUUCAUGAGUUUCACCAAAAUGGUUAAUUCGUGAGACAUCCAUCACAUGCUUUUAACUGAAGUACUGUUGAAAGAUGUUCAACCAAACUCACUCACCUAUAUAUACAUACAUACAUACAUACAUACAUACAUAUUAUUUAACCAUUCAAUAUGGGUCCACAUCUUACCUAGGAAUGACACUUGAUUAAUACUAUACUUUUGAUAGUAGUAGCUCUGAGACAGCCCUGUAAAGGGCUUUGGAUUGAUAG